CUAACUUUUCAAAAUUAGUUGCUAGAUAUCGUAAUGCUGAGCAGGACGUCAUAGUGCUCAGCGGUAUGGCAUAAUGCUGAGUAGUAUGAUGUAGUGCUAAGCAGAGGGUAUGGGAUGUGGAUGUCUCUUCCUUCAACACUCACACCCACAUUGCCCCACACCUCACUCACAGUCACACCCACGCUGACGCCAUAAUGCUGAAGAUUAUGACGUCCUGCUGAGCACUACGAUGUCUAGCAACUAAUUUUGAAAAGUUAGGUUUUUUAUUUUAGGGUCAAUGCGGCCAUGGGCCGAAGGUCCACAAGCCGAAAUUCUGUUCUUCCAUUUUUUUAUAACAUUUAGCUAUUUUCUUAAAAUAGAGUUCCACAUAUCGAGAAAUCGAAAUAAAUCCACGGUCACCAUUAUUCUAUACAUGCAUGCCUAGACUAUUGCAGCGUUCUACCUAAGACCGGUGAACUAGUGCAAUAGUCUCCGGCGGCCAGAACUUGUUGGGUUGGUUUCGGAUCUGAUGGGCUCUAAUAGUGGUACCAACGAUUACUAUUAUCGUUGCAUCCCAAAUUAGGGUGAUUUUCUAUCUUAAAAAGUAGAUAUCGCAUUAUCAAUUAUCUUCCAUUUGAUUUCAUUUUACGCAUAAGAGAAUUUGGAAUAUUUCAUAUCUCAGAAUAGGUGAUAUUAGAAAAGCUACAACUUGUCCGAUUAAUUAAUUCCAUUGAAAGUUCGUUUGUGCAAAGUCUAAAGUUGAAGCUUUCAUGUAACCUGAGGGAACCACAAUUUUUUAAUCAAAAACUCAUUUCAAGAGUGAAAGUCCGAAAAAUCAAAUCAUUUUUGACUUUUCUCUUACUCAUUAAAUGGAUAUCGUCUUGAGCCAUUUGAUAUUCCUUCAUUAGAAUUCUAAAUUGAAGUUUUAAUUCAUAUGCUUUUUUUUUUAGCUUCAUUUUACGGCUAAAAAAUUAGAACAUGAAAAAGUCGAAAAUAAACGUUUACAAAAUGAUAAUGAAGAUUUACAACAUGAAUUUCAACGUGAACGUGAAGGUUAUUUAAAUAUAAUUCGUGAACAAGAAAAACGACUUCUUCUCUAUCGUACAAUGAUUGAUAAAAUGAGUAGUAUUAUGCAACGUAGUUGUAACUAUAGUAAUAUUGAUAGAAUUAUUGAACAAGCUCGUUAUGAGGAAGAUAAAAAUCAAUAUAUUUUACCUGAACCAACUAUAGAAGAAAUUCAAUUACCUCAAGUAGGAAAUUUACCAAUAACAACAACAACAACAACAAAUGGACGUAUACCACAAAGUGAUUAUAUAACACCAACAAAAACAGGAUCUACACCAUUAACAACUGAAUAUGAAGAUGAUUUUAUUGAAUCAACACCAGUUAGCAAUGGUUAUCAAAAUCAAUAUUCAACUAUGAAUACUGAAGAAUCUGAAAGACGUUAUGGACGUUAUGAUACAACAAAUUUACCAGCAGAAAAAACACGUAUUAAACGUCAAGAACAUUUAUUAAAUGAAAGUUCAAUUUUACAACGAACAAAACGUCCAUUACAAAUGAAUAAUAAUGAUAAUGAUUAUAUGAAUCGUCGUCUUAAUCCAUUUGAACCACCAGCUCGACUAAGUCGUAAAUAUGGUUUUUCAUCAGAUAAACAAUAA